AUGACUUUGAAAAUAGGAGGUAUUGUUCCUAUUGUAAGAGUCAUGCGGGACACAAUUAUUCAACGACCGGUUAGUACGUUUGUACGAUACCAUUCUAAAAGAUCAAGAUCAUUUAAGAAGAAAGCUAACCACAAACCUGGUCAAGUGAUUAGAUCGAAGCUAGGGAAGACGUUAGAAGCUCCGAAGACACAACCGAAAUUGUUUUCGUUUGGGAAUUUUUCUGGGUUGGACCAACCGGAGAAUAAGCUCAAGGAGAUGUCGAGUAAUGCCAUAAAGAACAUUACGUCAUUCGAGUCUUUGAGAAUCUUUCCAACCGUUAGAUCGGCAAUGCUCGAGGAGAUCAAAUAUGGGUACAAUUUGAAAAGUACCUAUAUUAAAAGUAAGGAGGAAUUGGAAAUCAAGCCUUCUCCUGUACAAAUUGCUGCUAUUAGGAAAAUUAACCAACCAAGACUUCGUAAUGUGAACGCAGAGAAGAAGCUUGCAGACAAAAAGGCUUCGGGGCAAGAAAUUUUGGAGGAUUUGCAGAAAUCCAACGAAAUGAAUAGGUUGAAGAUUUUCACGAUUGCUGCUGAAACAGGAUCCGGUAAAACCUGGGCAUAUUUGGCGCCGCUUCUCAGUAAGUUAAAGGAAGAGGAUAUGAGGGUUUUCAAUAUGUCUGAGCAGAGCUAUGCUGACGCAAAGAAGACUUCGAUUAUCAGAUCAGUUAUUUUGUUGCCUACUCAUGAAUUGGUUGAACAAGUAUACGAUUCUCUUAAACGUGCAUCCAAGGCCUCCAUUGAUUUGGAAGCUAGUGUCAAUAAAAAGAUCUUACAAGAUCCCCAAUAUGCUCGAUACCUUUCGUUACCUGAAAACCAAACUUCGUUAAAUUUGAACGUUGUAAAAUGGGGAUCUGGUGAUUCUCAUCAGAAGCUUUUCGAUGCCGGCAGAAAGAGAAUUGAUGUUUUAGUUACAACUCCAGCUAAGAUUCAAGGCCUUGCUAAAUUGAACAACGUCAGCCGUCCGUUCAGACUAUUUAAUUUUGUGGAAUACUGUGUUGUUGAUGAGGCCGAUACUUUGAUGGAUAAAUCUUGGAUUGUAGACACAACGUCUGUUAUCCGUAGACUAUCCAAAUGUAAAGAUUUAAUCUUUUGCUCGGCAACCAUUCCGAAGGAGUUUAAGAAAACUCUCGGUAAGAUGUUUCCUGACGAAUUUUCGAUCAUUAACAUAGUAACGCCUUCCUUACACAAGAUUCCAAAACAAAUUAACCUUAAGGUUAUUGAUGCGCAAUUAUCACCAUAUAAUGGCUCUAAGACCAGAUGUCUCGCUCAAGCAUUAUAUGCUAUUCAUAAUGAUGGUACUGAACAAGGUUAUGUUAAGCGUAUUUUAGUAUUUGUCAAUGAAAAGCGAGACGUUCAGCCAUUAGCCGAUACUUUGAUUGAAAAGUUUGGUCAUAGAGAAGAGGAUAUUAUUGGUAUAACCGGUGCCGAUAAUGCUGACGACAGAUUAGCUAAAAUAGAACCAUUCUUGAAACCAGCCGAGUUGCUAGAAGAAGAUCUUGAUGGCAGUAAAGUCAAGGUUUUGAUUACAACUGAUUUACUUGCUAGAGGUUUGAACUUUAAUGGUAUUAAGAAUGUUAUUUUAAUGGAUUUGCCAAAUACGUCGGUUGAUCUAGUUCAUCGUGUCGGAAGAACCGGUAGAAUGAGACAAUCUGGUAGAGUCUUCGUUAUCAUUGAUAAAAAGACCGGUAAAUCGUGGAUUAAAGGGUUACCCAAGGUCAUUAAGAAGGGUAUUCCAUUGGGUUAA